AGAGGAGUGUGGAGGUAUGACAGUGAUGGGUAUGUACAGGAGAGGAGUACGGAGGUAUGACAGUGAUGGGUAUGUACAGGAGAGGAGUACGGAGGUAAUGACAGUGAUGGGUAUGUACAGGAGAGGAGUACGGAGGUAUGACAGUGAUUGGUAUGUACAGGAGAGGAGUGUGGAGGUAUGACAGUGAUGGGUUAUGUACAGGAGAGGAGUGUGGGGGGUAUGACAGUGAUCGGUAUGUACAGGAGAGGAGUGUGGAGGUAUGACAGUGAUGGGUAUGUACAGGAGAGGAGUGUGGAGGUAUGACAG